AGUCUCGUCCGAAGUGUUGUUGCCCACUGCCAGUGUCCAAAGUUUCGCUUUUGUUUCGUCUUUAAUUUUCACCUUCUAUUAGCUUUGAUGUUGGUCCACUCGUAAGUUGUCCACCAGGACAAACUAUUGUUUCUUCCGCCAAACCCACACGGUAGACCCCCGGUUCACUGUUGCGUUCGCUCGGUUCGGUUUGGUUCGGUUUGGGUAGGUGAAAGAUAGCUGCACACCCUGGGCAGUGUAGUGUGUUUGUUUGAAAGCAGGAGGAAAAAAUAGAAGAUACGCACCGGGCCACACUAAAUUUAAUCCGUGCUUAAUUGAGCUUUAGUUUGGUUCCUGUGAACCCGGCUGUGAUCUUAACGAUCACGGGAACCAGUGGACCUUCUUCUAGUGUUGCACCCAAACCUCUAGCGCGUUUGGGUUUCGACAGGAAAGGCAGUUCAGCCCAGCGCAAUGAGCUUCUUGUUUCGAUCGAGUAAAACAUUCAAACCAAAGAAAAACAUCCCGGAAGGCACACAUCAGUAUGAUCUUAUGAAACAUGCAGCUGCGACGCUCGGAUCAGGCAACCUACGAAAUGCGGUACAGCUUCCUGACGGCGAAGAUCUCAACGAAUGGGUUGCAGUUAAUACGGUGGACUUCUUCAAUCAAAUCAACAUGUUGUACGGUACAAUAACGGAAUUCUGCACCGAAGACACGUGCAGCAUUAUGUCGGCCGGGCCCAAGUACGAGUAUCACUGGGCGGACGGGCAAACAGUGAAAAAACCGAUCAAAUGUAGCGCCCCCAAAUACAUCGACUAUCUGAUGACGUGGGUGCAGGACCAGCUGGACGACGAAACGCUUUUCCCGUCGAAGAUCGGAGUACCGUUCCCGAAGAACUUUAUCAACAUCGCCAAAACGAUCCUCAAGCGGCUGUUCCGGGUGUACGCGCACAUCUACCAUCAGCACUUCUCCGAGGUGGUCCGGUUGAGCGAGGAAGCGCAUCUCAACACUUCCUUUAAGCACUUUAUAUACUUUGUGCAAGAAUUUAAUCUCAUCGAUCGCCGAGAGCUGGCCCCGCUGCAGGAUCUUAUCGAUAAGCUCAUUACAAAGGACGGCCGAUAAGCGUUUCAUUCCGCCGUUCAUCUAUUCGCAUACGUAGUAGUAUCAAAGCACAUAAACCACAACCACCCCCUUCAUGCUGCCGUCGUCGAGUCAAGACAACAAGACAACACUCCCGUGGAAUCCUUAAAACGUUUGAAAAAACACACACACACACAACCAUCCCAAAUCGCCCUGAUACCACUCACUAAGCUAAUUUAUUUCUUUUAACCCUUACACGUUCUCGAAUGUUUUAGACAGAUACGAUUUUAAUCUUAAGCUUUUACCAACGUCGUCCACGUGCGUUUUCCGCCACCCGGAGGGGCAGCGCUGGAAGCCAGCUCUGCACCCUUGACCAGGGUACCACCGGUGGCUAUUGUUAGUAACGUUUUAUGAAAACGGAUACUGUGUCCCACGAAACUUUCUCCGAAUCGGAAGAUGAAAUCCGUACUUUUAGUUGAGAAAAAGAAUAGUGUAUAUACCGUCUUGAAAAUGCA